GACCGAGCCCAGCGCGAACGAAGAAACGUGGAGCACUAGUGUACUACAACAAGGAAGCAACGUGCUUACUCAGGCUAUUAGUCUGCUUGGAUAUAACCGUUUUGAGGAACUAUCGCUGAAGAGCACGAUAAACAGCCAGUCGUUUUGGAUUCAGCGUAUAUCGUGGUGAGAAUGAAGAAGGAAGUGAGUGCUGGAGUGAACUUUCUAAAAGGUUUGGCAGUGGAGCGUGGAGGUGUGGAUCAAAUUAAAGCCAAACUUUUCGCUGCUAAGUUACAAGAGCUCCUGCUUAAAAAGUUCAGAGACCACUGGUACCCAGACAAUCCUUGCAAAGGACAGGCAUACAGAUGCAUCAGAAUAAAUGACACAAUUCCCUAUGACGAAUCAGUAUCUCAAGCGUGCAUGGACAGCGGCUUAAAGCCAAGUGAGUUGGGCUUUCCUCGUGAGAUCACAAUCUGGAUCGAUCCGUCGGAGGUGUGCGUACGGUCUGGGGAGAAUGGCAGAUAUUUUACAGUAGCUCAGUUUGCUGAAGUUGAGGAUGAGGAAAAGGAUGAUACUUUUAGCCAAGUGGAUUCUGUGAAUCUAGAUACAUCCGACUACCACUCAGCGACUUCGUCUGAUUGCGGCUCAGCGGUCUCAAGUGAUACAGAGGAGGAGGUGAAAGAGCACCGAACAAAAAAAGGAGAGGAGAGAACAGUGAAGAACACAUGUCACGCGACAAGAUCUAAAACAAGGGAGCCUAAAGGGCCACGCAAGUUUCCUCCAGCUCAGAUCCCUGGCCCGCAGUACUUUUAUAACCCGGCACAGAUAUGGCCCAAGUACAAGAAGAAGAGAGGCGUGUUCUUCACGACUGUAUGUGCACCAGCACCUUCUCCAUUGUUUGCUUACUACGUCGUACCCAAAGCACCUCCUCAGUUCAUUGUGCCUCACGCUACCCUCCAAACCUGGGGGACAGUGAAAGGGUAACCAAAGCCUGUGUAUCUGUAAUGUAAGACGCAUCUGCCAAUCUGCAGGGAACUUUAUAGCAUAUUAUAAUGAAAUCAUAAACUUGAAAUAUAGCGUCAAGCAUGUUGACUUUCUACAUUUUUCACUGAUUUUGGGCCUAUAUAUUCAAAUCAACUUUAAGCUUUUCAUUCCACCUAUUUACCAUUAUUUAUUUUUUCUUUAAGGUUUUUAGCUCUACGUUUUUUUAUAUGCUAAAAAUAUGUUUAAACUUCUCUUCCACAAAACAAUGGCUUUGUUAUAACUUGGAUCAUAAUCGCACACAGCUAUUAUUUCUCAACUUUGCCAAAGUUGGAUGCGUACUUGCGUGGACUGCAUACUUGAACUUUAUUAGUCGUAGAUAUGAAAAGCACAGCUUUUCUAGUAGCUUUUGUAAUGAGUGUUUAAAUGUUUUGGUAACUUUUUAUUCAUGGUGUACUUGAGUGAUAUUUAAUGAGGUAGAGUUGGUUUGAGUGAAUGUAAUUAUUCACUGAAAUACUCAAUGGACGCACAUUCCCAAAUUUGACCAGCGGUUCAGCUCAGGUGUAAUAGUUCAUGAAGUUACCUCUAAAACAGCAAGCAUCUUAUACCUUUUCUAUUAAAAGUAAUAGAAUUUACUGAAGCCAAAGAGUGCUGUGUGAGUGACAUUUUAAAUUAGUUUCUGCAUAUAACGCUCCUGACUAAUGGAAAAUCACCUUUAAGAAGAAUCACAUCUGAUGUGGGGAGGACUGCAUUAACAAAAACAUUAAUAUUAAUUAAUUAUAUUAAAUUCUGUGCACAAUAUUACCAUUUACCUAAGUGUACUGUAAUUGUACUGUAUUUUUUUCCAAUACCACUAGGUGGUAGUAUACAUCGCCUCAAGCCAUAAUUUAAUUACAAGCCAUAUUUCUACAUUUCAUUAUCUUGAUAUUGUGAUUGUACAUAACAGAUUUUCUUCUUGUAGUAUUUGUUUUGUAAAAAAAAAAAAACUGCCUGUAAAAGUGAACAGUGUCAUCUCACGAUUGUCACAAACUAUUUUAGAAUUUGCCUUUUUAGAUUGUACCUUUGCUAUAUCAUGAAUAUUUUUUAUAUAAAUUAAUUGUGUGCAGCUUUGUAUGUUAAACUUAUAACCUAUGCUGUGUUUACAAAGUGUUGCCUUUCUGUCUCAGUCUUCACAUGCAUAUUUAUUUUUGCUUUCUUUUAAAUGUUUUGCUGUUACGCAAUCACUGUAAAUUUGCAUUUGCAAAAGAAAAAUAAUGAGCUAUGUCUAACGGUUGUUAAGAAUAUAUAUUUUAUUGCUGAAACAGUAACCGAUUUAUUGUUUCUAUUUAAUUUGAUUAUGGUACCAUAAAAAUGUCCCUGAAUUGUAUCGAUUUGGCUGAUUCUGAAUUGCCGAAUUGUGCAUUUCACAGUAUUCUUCGUAGAUUGAAAAUAAACACUUUUCGUACUCUGCA